AUGUCAAAAAAUAAUACAAUCAUUAGCCUCUCAAUAAAUGAAUUAAAAGAUUAAUGGUAGAAGAACUGUAAGAAAGAUCUUAUUACUUAAAUUGUUCGUUAGCCAUCUUUAAAUUAAAUAAGAAUUUCUAAAAAUCAACGAUCUUCAAAUUAUUAAAAAUCUCCUAAUAAGUUAUUGAAUCAAUAAACUACCACCCCUUAAACAUUGUUGUUAGACAAUUUUUCACUAUAAUCAACAAUUUCAAUUAGCAGUUAAAUUUUUUAAACCGAUAAAUAUAUUGAAAACCAUUAGAUUUAACCAACACCUUUAUUGAAGUUCUUUAUAAACUAAGAACAAGCUCAUUAAGAUAAAACAAAUAUAUCUGAGAUAUAAACUUAAUCAAAUUCUAAUGAAUCAAAUGCUUACAUACAGACAGAAAUUGCUAAAUUCCGUUUUAUGACCCUCUCUCAUGAUAGUGAUAACUCUAUUGACUGUCAAAUUAUUAAAUUUCAUCAUGUAGUUUUUCUAAAUUUAAUUGCAUAAAACUAAUUUUCGAAAAAAUCCGAAAGUAACAAAAUAAAUCAUAAGAUGUAUAUGAUGUAAAAAUUAAAUAAAUUCAAAAAGGAUGAAAUGAAUAAGAAAAUUAUUAAUCACUCUCUAAUGAAAGAGCCAAUCCCAUUAAAUUCAGAAUUUUUUACUAAAUUAGAGAUAUCUUAACCAGUUCUUUUGAUAAAAAACACUCCUAUUUAACCAGAGAAUAUAAAGGAUUAAUAAUAAAAUAUCCUUGAUUAUAGUAUUGAAAAAUCUAUGAUCCUAAAUUUAAAUUUCAGUUUUGUCAAUAUUGAUGUUGAACCAAAAAUCUAGAAAUUUAGAUAGCCGUUAUAGUAAGAAUAAGAAAGUUAAAUUAAGCAAGAAUUAAAUUUUCAAAUAGAAACUAUAAGGGACAACUAAUAAUUUACAAUACCAAAUUUCCCGGCAAUUCCUUUAAGAUUCUAAAAAUUAAAAAUGGAACCUGUCGAUGACAAAUAAAAUUUCAUCUAUGAAAAUAAUAAAUUAAUAUUUGAUCAAACUACUAAUAUAAUCAACCAAAUAAAAUCAUAAUCUAUAGAUUUAUAAUUAAAUUUGCUAAAAAAAGAUUAAAUUCCACUAUUUUAAUUAUUCAUUCUUAUAGGACAAGAAUAAAUAAAUGAUAAAAAAGCAUUAUGGUAAGAUUAAAUAUUAAUAAAAAACAAUCCUAAUCCUAAUCCAAAUUAUAAAUAAAAUAAUAUGGAAUCAGAUUAAAUUGGUAUUAAUAAUAUUAAAGUUGAAUUAUCUCAAAAUAUUAUAAAAGAAAGUAAAAUAAAUUUAUAAAGUAGAAGUAAAUAAACUAUUAAAACAAAUAAAUUUACUUUAGCUUGGUUAAUAAAAGAUAGAGAGGAUUAACCAAACUAAAAUGUUAAAAGUAUGAAUACUUUAUAAUUUAAUGAGAAUUUACUAAAAGUAAACUAUGAAAUAAUAUUACCUAAAGAAAAGCCUCAAUAUCCUUCCCUACUUUAAAUGAAUAGAAUGAAGAUAGAAAAAAUAAAAGAAUUAAUAACUGAAGGGAAAUCAGUUUAUAAAACUAAGUAAUAAGAAAAAUAAUAACCAUUCAGUUAAGGAAUUUAAGUUAGACAAUUUACAGAAACUAAUAACAGUUUCAAAAAAUUUAUAUUACAUGGAAGUUUAAUUUUGGAGGAAUCUAAAGAAGCCUAAGCUAACAAAAGAAGUUCAAGUAUUGAUAAAGACACGAAAAAUGUUUAAAUAUAAAGAAACUAAUUUUAAAUUCUUAAUAGAUUUCAGAAAAUAAAAUAUUUAGGUAGAGGUAAUGUUAGUGAUGCAUAUUCAGUAAUUGAUUAAUAAACUGGAAUGGCAUUAGCAUUAAAAACGAUUUAAAAGUCAUUAAUUUAAAGUAAAGGAAUAAAUAAUUUGAUAUCAAAUGAAAUUAAAACAUAAAUGUUAUUAAACCAUCCAAAUAUUUUGAAAUGCUAUGGGAUAAUUGAUGAUAAAAAAUAAGUAAACAAAAUUAAUAUAUUUAGAUUGCUUUAAUUUUAGAAUUAAGUGAUUAAACUUUAUAUAAUUGGAUUCGACAUAAAGUAAUUCAUAGAAAAGAAAUGGUUGAUAUUUUAUAUUAGGUAAUUAGUGCUGUUAAUUAUUUACAUAAUAAUGGUAUAAUUCAUAGAGAUAUCAAACCAGAAAAUAUCCUAAUUUCUUAGAAUGUAAUUAAAUUGGCUGAUUUGGGUAUUUCUAUAAGAGCUUAAACGUGUUCAUAAUAUUGUGGUACUUUAGGAUAUAUGGCUCCUGAGAUUAAAUUACAUGAAAAAUAUACUUCAAAAGUUGAUUGUUAUAGUAUUGGUGUUUUAAUUUAUGAAAUGCUUUAUAAGAAAUUGCCUUUGUAAAACUUAUAUCCAAUAAAAAAUGUGAAGGAUGAUUUAUUGAUUGAUUUAAUGAAUAAAUUAAUUGAACCAGAUUAGAAUUUCAGAUAUUCUUGUACUUAAGCUCUUAAUCAUGAAAUAUUUGACUAAUUUAUUUAUCCUUAAUUGAUUUAAACUUCAAUACAGAACAACCUUACGAAAUUACUGUGA